AAAUCGUCAAUUCGGCAACGCUAAGGAGGGUUGACACAUUUUUGACACUUAUUUAUAACUUAUUUUUACGCUCUACUUACCGAAAUAGCCCGGAUAGCGUGUGGAACAAACUUAUUAAAAUAAUAAUUUUGUUUUCUAGUAAAAUCGCUAUGAAAUUCGAUCAGCAAAAAACUAAACACCAGCUAUUCCAUUUGUCUAUAAGCUUGGCAACGGUGCUCGUCUGUAUGACUUAUAUGCAGUUUCAUCGCAAUUGGGCAAAUGUCGGCAACCUUUGGAAUUCUCUGAUUGUACCUAUCGUAUUUACCGGGGAGCUUCUCAAGGUGGUACUUGCACGAUAUUACAGUCGUGCGGAUGAUAAUGCGCUUACACAACAACAGCGACAAAAAAGGGCUUCCUACUUAACAAUACGUGAAAUUUGUGGGGGAUUGCUUUUACAAUUUAUAUGCACGUUAUUGUAUGCAUUUGUAUGUAUUAUAUUAGGAGCACCUGUACUGCAAAACUAUGAACAAACCUUUGUACUAGCGCUUUUGCUCACCUUACAAACAGCAUCUCCAACUGUAUUUCUACUAGGAGCAGGAGGUGCAUUACAGGUGUGUUUCUGUGAAAAGCCCGAUACUGUAACAAAAAGUGAGGAGACUGCUCUCGGGUUGUUCAAAUACAAUGCCUUAGGAGGAAUCUUGGGUGCUUGGGCUGGCUCUGUAGUUGCGCCUUUAGACUGGGACCGCGAUUGGCAAGCGUAUCCAAUACCAAAUGUAGUAGGCGCACUGCUGGGAUGCGCUUUAGAAAGCGGCACUAAGACAUCCGAUUUUUCGAAUGAAACAACGCAAAAGCUGCCAAUAUCCAAAUAUGUAUAUUCAAAGGCCCUGAAAUUAAUUGUAUAGUAUAUCUAGUCAAAGUCUUCGCAACUGAAGGAACCACAGUAUCAUAAAUACAUUAAAUGAACAUGUAUUUAAUUUAAAUUAUUAAAAAAAAAUCAUGUAAAUUAAAGUUAAAUAAAAAAUUAACAUU